CGCGAUGGUUCAUUCAUAACAACGCAUCGCUAAGAAGAAAGUACCACAAGAGAGUGCGCGAAGAGUGUUAACAAUUUAUUUGUGUUUGGGGAAAUUUUUUGCAUAGUGUCACGUACUGGUUAAUUUAGCUGGAAUUUGUGCUAAAGGAGAGAUUUAACGUGAGAUAAAAAAAACAAGGAUCAGAAUCAUGAAACUUUCUCUAUCAGCUGCACUUCUACUAGCCCAGUGCAUCCUGUGCCUGUCUGAGCAACCAUAUUACCUUCAGCAGUGUAGUCGAGAUGAUCCGGAAAUCAAUUCCUGCCUGAUAGAAUCAGCUAAUAAAUUUGCAAGACACCUGAGAGACGGUGUUCCCGAGUUAGAAUUGGAGGAGGUAGAGCCCGUUAUCGUGGAUGAAAUCAGUAUUGUUCUCGGAAAUGGUCCAGAGGGCUAUCGGGCCAUUUUCCGAGACAUCGAGGCUUUUGGUGUGAGCAAUUUAACAGUGACCAAUAUUCGCUCCGACGUCGACACCUUGCAGUUUCAACUGACUCUGGAGAUACCCAAGAUUAAGGUCCGUGCCCAAUACAGAUCAUCUGGUGUUCUUAUUCUUGUACAAGCCUCUGGAGCUGGCGACUAUUGGGGUCAAUAUGAGGGCGUCAAAGCGAAAGUCUAUUUCAAAGCUGUACCACAGGAGACUAUUGAUGACCUAACUUAUCUGGUGGUGGAACAAGUGAAAAUGGAUUUCAGUGUAAAAGAAAUUAAUAUGGGUGUUGAAAAUAUCGCAAAUGGAAACAGUAUUAUACAGGCAGCUCUCAAUCUCUUCAUCAACUCCAACAGUCAGGAACUUCUGAAGGAAAUGAAACCAGCACUGAGAGCAAAACUCACCACUGUUCUUCAUAAUUUCAUGGAUAAGCUAUUUGAACGAAUUCCCCUAGAAUAUUGGAUAGUGUGAGAUUGAUCAUUUUCAUUAAUUUUCAUCCCAAUUAUUUUUUAUUUCAUUUAAAAAUCCACUAUAUAAGUUAUUGUGUAUAAGAUAAAAGUUUUCAUCUUAUUCGAGAGCUUCCCAGUCAUACUCCACAAUCACAUCUCGAAUAAACAAUUCUCUAGAUACACUAGAGGUUGCAAUUUAAUAUCCAUUAUAAUCAAUUGUUGAUUAAAAUCUCCGGGUAAAAUAAUACAAAAUUAUGAGAAAUUAUUCACUGUGUUGAAGAAGAAUAAUCAAAAAUUUUCACUUAAUCUUGGCAGUUUAAAGAAAAUACAGUUUUUAACAAAAAUUGUUCAUAUUUGCAUGCAAAUUUAUGUAAAAAAAUGAAUUGUAAUUUUUUCCUGAAAAAAUAUCACUUUAUAAUUAUAAUUUCAAUCGCUGUUGUAGAGAUUAUUUUGCAUCGCUCUUGAUCAAAGACAUUCAAGAAAAUCUUAGAAGAUUGUUUGUGAGUUCAGUGGGAGAAACUGCAAUUUUUCCUAACAAGCUCAAUAAUUAGAUUAACUUUAAUGAAAAAAUGUGCAAAAAACGUACUGUCAAUAAAUGGUUAGUCGUAACCGGUUAGCAUCUCAAAAAAAAAAUCCCCAAUUUAACAAUUUUUCUUCAAAAUUGUGCCAAAAUCCGGAUGUUAUCAUCACUGCAAAUACAUUUUAAUUAUUUUUUAUUUAAACAAAAUACCGCAAAGUGAUAUAGAACUUUAAUAAAAUAUCAGUUUUGUCAAA